AUGCACGGCCUCCGCUGUUCACCGGACACGACCUGGCGCCUCUGCGGGAUCAAAACCGAGUGGACGCCCAAACGGGAGCACCUGUCCACGCAACCCCCACGCGGACAGACACGGCCGCUCCGGGAAGACACGGGCACGGAGUCGCUCGGCAGCGCGGCGGCGGACACGGCCUCCCCUCCCGGCGCACUGAACUUCAACGGAGCCCACCGGAAGCGCAAGACCCUGGUGGCCCCGGAGAUCAACAUCUCGCUGGACCAAAGCGAGGGCUCCCUGCUGUCCGACGACUUCCUGGACACACCCGACGACCUGGACAUUAACGUGGACGACAUCGAGACCCCCGACGAGACCGACUCGCUCGAGUUCCUGGGCAAUGGCAACGAGCUGGAGUGGGAAGAUGACACCCCGGUGGCCACCGCCAAGAACAUGCCUGGGGACAGCGCGGACCUGUUUGGGGACGGCGCGGCGGAGGACAGCGGUGCGGCCAACGGGCGGCUGUGGCGCACGGUCAUCAUCGGGGAGCAAGAGCACCGCAUCGACCUGCACAUGAUCCGGCCCUACAUGAAGGUGGUCACGCACGGAGGCUACUACGGCGAGGGCCUCAACGCCAUCAUCGUCUUCGCCGCCUGCUUCCUCCCCGACAGCAGCUGCGCGGACUACCACUACGUCAUGGAGAACCUCUUCCUCUACGUCAUCAGCAGCCUGGAGCUCCUGGUGGCCGAGGACUACAUGAUCGUGUACCUGAACGGCGCCACGCCGCGCCGCAGGAUGCCGGGCCUGGGCUGGCUGAAGAAGUGCUACCAGAUGAUCGACAGGAGGUUACGGAAGAACCUGAAGUCGCUGAUUAUCGUGCACCCGUCCUGGUUCAUCCGCACCGUGCUGGCCGUCUCCCGCCCCUUCAUCAGCGUCAAGUUCAUCAACAAGAUCCAGUACGUGCACAGCCUGGAAGACCUGGAGCGGCUCAUCCCAAUGCAACACGUGCAGAUCCCGGACUGCGUGCUGCAGUACGAGGAGGAGCGGCUGAGGGCGCGGAGAGAGAGCGCCAGGCCCCAGCCUGAGUUUGUCCUGCCCAGAUCCGAAGAGAGGCCGGAGACAGAGCCGGUGGAAGACAGGUCCGCUGCUGCCACGGAUGACCAGGAAACCAGCUCAGCCCCGCAGAGCGCGCACCACCUCCCGCCGACCCCGCAGAGCGCGCGCCACGGCCUGCCCAUCCCGCAGAGCGCGCGCCUCCUCCUGCCCACCCAGCAGAGCGCGCGCCUCCUCCCGCCGACCCCGCAGAGCGCGCGCCUCCUCCCGCCGACCCAGCAGAGCGCGCGCCUCCUCCCGCCCACCCAGCAGAGCGCGCGCCUCCUCCCGCCCACCCUGCAGAGCGCGCGCCUCCUCCUGCCCACCCAGCAGAGCGCGCGCCCCCUCCUGCCCACCCAGCGGGCCCUGCUGGCCGGCGCGGGGCUCAGCUCCCGACCCUCUCCCGCCUGCCCCCGACCCGAGGGGGAGCCGCAGACGCCCGCCGCGCCGUGGCUGGGUCUGGAUUUGUUACUGUGCCUUUUCCUUCCAGACGCCAACCCCGGGGCCCCCUCACCGCCACCCCGCCUGCAGCCCACAGCCCGGGUGGGAGCUGAGCCUCUGUGA